GCGUUUCUUUGGAGGGACGCUUGGGGGGAGGCUUUGGCGGCUUUUGGGAGACUAUUAAAACACUAACCGGGCAAAAAGUUGAAUUACAGGAGCUGCGGUCCCUCGUGGAUGGCCAGGGACUUACGGACUCAAGAAGACACCGCAGGAAUCUUUCUCUGAGCCUCUGAGGCGGUCCCAAGAUGGCGCAUAUUGUGGAGGAGUACGUGGAGGAAUGGGUGGAAGAAUACGAGGAAGAGCUGGAAGGGGAAGAAGAAGAGGAGGAAGAGGAAGAGGAGGAAGAGGAGGAGGAGGAAGAGGAAGUUUUGGAUGCGACGAUGACGACGACGACGACACACGUCACUCCCGAGCACGCUCCUCCUCCUCAUCAUCAUCAUCAGGGCCACCAGUCGGGCUUACCUACCAGGAAGGUGGUGAAGAGGCGGAAAGUGGACACAUCCAAGUUCAUGACCCCUUACCUGGCUCACAGCCAGAAGAUGGUGGAGCAGUUUAGCAAUAACAAAUAUCGUCAGGCGUACGACAAGUCCAGAGGGAAUCCUCCCGCCUUCACCGUGGAUACGCCAGAAAUGAUUCGCAUCCGCAAGGCUCAGGAGCAGCUCAGCGAGAUCAAAUACCGCAUGGAGGGCAACAAGUCCAAGACGGGCAGCAUGUACGACGGCGAGGCGCGGGAGAUCGCCCACGUCAAGCAGGUGUCAGAGCUCAUCAGUAAGGUCCUGUACCGGCAGAAGUGGGACGAGACCAAGGACAAGUACCUGCUGCCCCCGGAUGCUCCCGAACUGGUUUUGGCUGUCAAGAACGCCGCCAACUGCAGCAAAAAAUUGUACACGGAGGAUUGGGACGAGGAGAAGAGCAUGUUCUGCCCGUACAGCGACAGCCCUGAACUGCGUCGGGUGGCCAAGGCUCAGGAGGUGCUCAGUGACGUGCAGUACAAGAAAGGGCACGACGAGCGCAAGGCCAAGUACACCGCCCUGGCCGACCCCCCCGACGUCGAGCUGGCCAAGAGAGUCUCCGACCAGCGCAGCGAUUUGAAGUACAAGGAGGCGUACAACCAGGACGUCAAGGGCCAAUGGUGCGAGACCCCUUACUUCGACGUGGCCAUGGCCCGCGUGGCCAUGGAGAACCUCAGCAAUAGGAGAUACACGCAACAUUACGAGGACAACAAAGACCAAAUCAACUUCUUGCAAACUGAAACGCCCGUUUACGACACCCACAAGAAGCUCAGAGCCUCCGCCAGCGAUGUGCAGUACAAGAAGGAGUAUGAGAAGACAAAGGCCCAGUCGGACUACAAAACACUCCCGGCCACCGAGAACCCUCUGCUCAGGCAGCUCAGAUACGCCGGCACCAUCCUCAGUGAUAAAGUGUACAAGGACAAGUACGAGAAGUCUCGAGGGUCCAGCAUCAACUACUGCGAAACGCCCAAGUUCCAAAUGGACUCGGUGCUCAAGCAGUUUACGGACAUGCGCUACAAGGAGAAGUAUGACAAUGAGGUGAAGGGUCACUACCUGGGCAGCUACGAGGAUCUCUACAUGCUCCACUGCCAGCAAGUGGAGGAUAUGAAGAAACAGAAACUGUACAAAGCUGACUACGAAGACAUGAAAACACAAUGUUUCUUCCCGCAAACCAUCACGCCCGAGUACGAAGCCACCAAGAAGCUGGGGGAUUGCAAGGAUAAUGUUUAUCGGCAGCAUCCGGACAAAGUGAAAUUCACACAAGUGACCGACUCGCCGGUUCUGGUUCAGGCGGCCAUCAACGCCAAGCAGCUGAGUGACAUCAACUACAAGGCGCAGUAUGAAGACACCAAGUGCAAGAACAGUCUGCCUCCAGACUACCCCUUCUUCGUCCAGUCCAGAGUGAACGCCUUCAACCUCAGUGACAGCUGCUACACAUACGACUGGGAGAGAACCAAGGCCAAGAAGUUUGAAGUUAAAGGUGACGCUAUCCCAAUCCUGGCUGCCCGGGCUCACACCAACAUCGCCAGCGAUGUGAAAUACAAGAAGGAGUACGAGAAGAACAAGGGUCAGAUGGUCGGGGCUCUCAGCAUUAACGACGAUCCCAAGAUACUGCACUCGGUUCACGUGGCCAAAAUCCAGAGUGAUCGUGAAUACAAAAAGGACUACGAAAAGAUCAAGACCAAGUAUCACACGCCUCUGGACAUGAUGUCUGUCACCCAGGCUAAGAAGUCGCAGGCAGUCGCCAGCAUGGCCGGCUACCGCAGCAUCAACACCAACUUCUUCUUGCCGCACGAUGCCGUGCUGCUGGACUUGGCCAAGAAGGCCAACAUCAUACAGAGCGACAAUGAGUACAAGUCUGACUACAACAACUACACCAAGGGUAACCCGUGGGGGACGUUUGGCUCCUUGGAUGUGGAAAAGGCCAAAAACGCCGGGGAAAUCCUUAGCGAGAGAAAAUACAGACAGCACCCCGACACUAUCCCCUUCACGUCCAUUGAUGACCACCCUGUCAUGAUGCAGGCCAAAGUCAACCAGCUCCAGAGGAGCGACCUGUUCUACAAGCAAGGUCUGGAGGACAUCCACCAGAAGUACUCCCUGCCCGCUGACAUUCCUGAGUUCCUUCAGGCCAAGUGCAACGCCUACAACAUCAGCAAUAACUACUACAAGUAUGCCUGGCAGGAUACCAUCGCUAAAGGCUACGACCUGCAGCCUGACGCCAUCCCCAUUGUCGCUGCCAAAGCUGCCAGACAUGCUGCCAGUGAUGUCCAGUACAAGAAGGCGUAUGAGAAGGAGCGAGGCCACCACGUGGGCUUCCGUCGGCUGCAGGACGACCCCCUGCUGGUCCACUACAUGGAGGUGGCCAAGCACCAGAGCGACAAGAACUACAAGAAGGACUACCACAAGGUCAAGCUCAAGUACCACACGCCCGUGGACAUGUUGAGCGUGGCCCACGCCAAGCACGCCUCGGCCGUGCAGACCAACACCGGAUACAAGCAGCCCCACCACAACUACUGCCUGCUACCGGACGCCAUGAACCUGGAUCUGGCUCGCACCAUGAACUAUAACGCCAGCGACUACCAAUACAAACAGGAUUACGAGACCUCUGUCAAGGGAAUGGGUUGGGUGCCGCUCGGCUCCCUGGAGGUGGAGAAGGCAAAGAUGGCGGCGGCGGCUCUGGACGAGAGGAAUUACAGACAGCACCCCGAAACCAUCAAGUUCACCAGUGUGCCCGACUCCAUGAACAUGGAGCUGGCCAAGGCCAACACCCAGCUUCUCAACGCGAAAGACUACAAGGCCAGCGGCGAGAAGUUCAAGCACACCUACAAUCUUCCUGCUGAUGCUCCUGAACUGAUGCAAGCCAGAUACAACGCUGUCAACAUUAGCAAGAAUUACUACACCGACAAGCACCGUCGAGAUCUGCUCAAAGGACAUCACAUGAAGGAGGACGCCAUCCCCAUCGUGGCAGCCAAGAUCACCAGAGACAUUGCCAGCAACUACAAGUACAAACUGGCCCACGAGAAGGCAAAGGGCCAACACGUGGGCUUCCGUAGCCUGCAGGACGACCCCCUGCUGGUCCACUACAUGGAGGUGGCCAAGCACCAGAGCGACAAGAACUACAAGAAGGACUACCACAAGGCUAAGCUCAAGUACCACACGCCGGUGGAUAUGAUGAGCGUGGCCCACGCCAAGCACUCCUCGGCCGUGCAGACCAUGAUCGGCUACAGGAAGUACCUUCACGACUACUUGCUUCUUCCCGACAACUUGCAGCUGCACCUCUGCAAGGGCAUGAUGGAGAUUCAGAGCGACAAUGCUUACAAAUCCGACUACACCACCUACUACAAAGGAGCCGGGUGGGUUCCGAUCGGCUCUCUGGACGUGGAGAAGGCCAAAGCCGCCAAGGCUGCCCUGGACGAAAUCAGCUACCGUCAGCAUCCGAGCAAGCUCAAGUUCACCAGCACCAGUGACAGCAUGAACAUGAGCCUGGCUCUGAGCAACUCCAAACAGCUGGACCACGCCGCCUACAAAGCUUCUGGUGAGAAGUUUAUGCACACCUACCACCUGCCGGCCAACAGCCCCGAGUUCAUCCAAGCAAAAUUUAAUGCUCAGACCCUCAGUGAGAGUCACUACAAACAAAAGUGGCUGGAAGAUAUCGCCAAAGGCUACGACUUGAGGGCCGACGCCAUUCCCAUCCGGCAUGCCAAGCAUGGCAGAUUUAUUGCCAGUAAUGUGCAAUACAAGAAGGAGUUUGAGAAGGAGCGAGGGCACCACGUGGGCCUCCGUAGCCUGCAGGACGACCCCCUGCUGGUCCACUACAUGGAGGUGGCUAAGCUGCAGAGCGACAAGAACUACAAGAAGGACUACCACAAGGUCAAACUCAAGUACCACUCGCCGGUGGACAUGUUGAGCGUGGUCCACGCCAAGCAGGCCUCGGCCGCGCAGACCAUGACCGGCUACAGGAAGACCUACCACAGCAACACGCUCCUCCCUGAUGCCAUGAACUUCGUUCUUGCGCGUACCAUGAACGUCCACGCUAGCGACUGUGAGUAUAAGUCCGACUGGAACAACUACAUCAAAGGUGUCGGCUGGAUCCCGAUUGGCUCGCUUGCAGUAGAAACCGCCAAGGUUGGCAGUGAGAUCCUAAGCGAGAACAAGUACCGCACUCACCCGUCCAACUUCAAGUACAGCAAGCUGAUGGACUCCAUGGACAUUGCCCUGGCCAGCGUCAACAAUCAGAUCAUGGAUAAGAAAGCUUAUACAGCUGCUUGGGAAAAGGAUAAACGGACAGUCCACAUUAUGCCAGACGCCCCUGAGAUUGUCUUGGCUAAGGCCAAUGCCAUCACCAUGAGCAAUAAACUAUACAAAUCCGGUGUGAUGGAGAUGGCCAACAAGGGCUACAAUUUGAAAGCAGAUGCCAUUCCCAUCGUAGCUGCCAAAUCAGGAACAAACAUCGUCAGUAACUUCAAGUACAAACUGGCUUACGAGAAAGCACGAGGGCACCACGUGGGCUUCCGUAGCCUGCGGGACGACCCCCUGUUGGUCCACUAUAUGGAGGUGGCUAAGCUGCAGAGCGACAAGAACUACAAGAAGGACUACCAAAAGGCCAAGCUCAAGUAUCACUCGCCGGUGGACAUGUUAAGCUUGGUCCAUGCCAAGCAGGCAUCGGCCGCCCAGACCAUGGCUGGCUACAGGAAGAUCCACCACACCAACGCUCUCCUCCCCGAUGCCAUGAACUUCGUGCUGGCUCGUACCAUGAACACCCAGUCUAGUGAUUGUGAUUACAAGUCAGACUGGAACAACAGUGUCAAAGGUAGCGGCUGGGUCCCUAUUGGCUCACUUGCAGUAGAAACCGCAAAGGUCGGCGGUGAUAUCCUAAGCGAGAACAAGUACCGCACUCACCCGUCCAACUUCAAGUAUAGCAAACUGAUGGACUCCAUGGACAUGACUCUGGCCACGGCCAACAAUCAGAUAAUGAAUAAGAAAGCUUAUACGGCCGCUUGGGAGAAGGACAAACUGACGGUCAAUAUCAUGCCGGAUGCUCCUGAGAUUGUCUUGGCCAAGGCAAACGCCAUCACCAUGAGCAACAAACGGUACAAAGCUGGCCUUAUGGAAAUGGCCAACAAGGGCUACGACCUCAGGGCAGACGCCAUCCCAAUUCUGGCCGCCAAGUCUGGUACCAACAUUGCCAGCAAUUACAAAUACAAGCUGGCUUACGAGAAAGCUAGAGGCCACCACGUGGGUUUCCGUAGCCUGCAGGACGACCCCCUGCUGGUCCACUACAUGGAGGUGGCCAAGCUGCAGAGUGAAAAGAACUACAAGAAGGACUACCACAAGGCUAAGCUCAAGUACCACUCACCGGUGGACAUGAUGAGCGUGGCUCACGCCAAGCACGCCUCGACCGUGCAGACCAUGACUGGAUACAAGAGGCUUAUCCCCCACUACACUGUCCUGCCUGAUGCCAUGAACCUGGAACUGGCCCGGAACAUGCAGUUAAUUGCCAGUGAUAACCAGUACAAGAGUGAGUAUCACAACUACAUCCGAGGAAUUGGUUGGGUUCCCGUCGGCUCACUGGAUGUGGAGAAAGCUAAAACAGCCGGCCAGAUCUUGAGGGACCAUGGAUACCGCCAGCAUCCCAGCACCUUCAAAUUCACCAAGGACAUGCACUCCAUGGACCUGGCACUGGCUACUGCCAACAACCUGGUCAUGGAUAAGCAAUCUUACACCAAAGCCUGGGACCAUGACAAGAGAACAAGUCACAUCAUGCCUGACGCAAUGGGCAUUGUUUUGGCUCGGGAAAACAAUAAAAACUACAGUGAGAAACGUUACAAACUGGACAAUGAGCUGGCCAAGAAGAAGGGUCACAAUCUCCAUGCUGAUGCUAUCUCCAUCCAGGCGGCUAAAGCCUCAACUGUUAUUGCAAGUGACUACAAGUACAAGACCGGAUACCGCAAGCAGGUUGGCCACCACAUUGGGGCCCUCAGCAUCCAGGAUGACCCGCUCCUCAUGUUGGCCCUGAACUCGGCCAAGAUCGCCAGCGACGCCCUCUACAAGAAGGACUUCAACCAGUCCAAGACCAGAUUCCACCUGCCUGUGGACAUGCUGGCCUUUGAGCUGGCCAAGAAGAACCAGAUACAAGUCAACCACACCAAUUACAUCACCCGCCUGCACAACUGGACCUGCCUGCCCGACUCCAACGAUGUUCGCCAAGCCAGACAUGCAUACAGCCUGCAGAGUGAUGUGGUCUACAAAGAGGAGCUUAAGUCACUUCAAGGUAUUGGCUGGGUGCCUAUUGGUUCGUUGGAUGUGGAGAAGGUUCAGAAAGCCGGUGAGAUCCUGAGUGAACAGAAAUAUCGUCAGCAUCCGAGCAACUACAAGUUUAAGGUCACAACUGAGGACAUGCCCCUGGUGCUGGCUAAGGCCAACGCCCAAAUCAUGAACAAGCAAUCCUACACUCAAGCCUGGGACAAGGAUAAGACUACCAUCCAUGUCAUGCCUGAUGCUAUGGACAUUGUGCUGGCCAAAGUCAACAAAGUUAACUACAGUGAGAAACAAUACAAGCUAGCAAACGAAGAGGCCAAGAAGAAGGGUUACGACUUGGGCAAAGAUGCUAUUUCGAUUCUGGCAGCAAGGGCAUCUAGAGACAUUGCCAGUGAUUACAAAUACAAGACUGGAUACCGCAAGCAGGUUGGGCACCACAUUGGGGCUCUGAGCAUCCAGGACGACCCUCUCCUCAUGCUGGCACUGAACUCGGCCAAGAUCGCCAGUGAUGCCCUCUACAAGAAGGACUUCAACCAGUCCAAGACCAAAUUUAACCUGCCAGUGGACAUGCUGGCUUUCGAGCUGGCCAAGAAGAACCAGAUCCAGGUCAACCAUACCAAUUACAUCACCCGUCUGCACCAGUGGACCUGCCUGCCUGACUCCAAUGACGUUCGCCAAGCCAGACACGCCUACAACCUGCAGAGUGAUAAUAUUUACAAGGAAGACCUGAAGAUGCAGCAGGGUGUCGGCUGGGUGCCUGUCGGUUCGUUGGAUGUGGAGAAGGUGAAGAAAGCCGGUGAGAUCCUGAGUGAACAGAAGUACCGCCAGCACCCAAGCAACUACAAGUUUAAGGUCACAACCGAGGACAUGCCUCUGGUGCUUGCCAAGGCCAACGCUCUGGUCAUGAACCAGAAAACAUACCACGAAGCCUGGGAAAACGACAAAACCAUGAUCCACAUCAUGCCUGACGCUAUGGAUGUUGUCCUCGCAAAAGCCAACAAUGUCAAUUACAGCUUGAAUCUGUACAAGCAGGCAAAUGAAGAGGCCAAGAAGAAGGGCUAUGACUUGGGAAAAGAUGCCAUUUCCAUUCUCGCAGCCAAGGCUUCCAGAGACAUUGCCAGUGAUUACAAGUACAAGACUGGAUACCGCAAGCAGAUCGGCCACCACAUCGGGGCCCUCAGCAUCCACGAUGACCCUCUCCUCAUGCUGGCCCUGAACUCAGCCAAGAUCGCCAGCGACGCCCUCUACAAGAAGGACUUCAACCAGUCCAAGACCAGAUUCCACCUGCCAGUGGAUAUGAUAGCCUUUGAGCUGGCCAAGAAGAACCAGAUCCAGGUCAACCAUUCCAAUUACAUCACCCGUCUGCACAACUGGACUUGCCUGCCUGACUCCAAUGAUGUUCGGCAAGCCAGACACGCCUACAACCUGCAGAGUGAUAAUGCUUACAAGGAAGAUGUGAAGAUGCAGCAGGGUGUUGGCUGGGUGCCUAUUGGCUCGUUGGAUGUGGAGAAGGUGAAGAAAGCCGGUGAGAUCCUGAGUGAACAGAAGUACCGCCAGCACCCGAGCAAUUACAAGUUUAAGGCCACAACUGAGGACAUGCCUAUGGUGCUGGCCAAGGCCAACGCGCAAGUCAUGAACCAGAAAGCCUACAUUGAUGCCUGGGAAAAUGAGAAGACCAGGAUCCACGUCAUGCCUGAUGCCAUGGAUAUUAUUCUUGCAAAAGCCAACAACGUCAACUACAGCUUGAAACUGUACAAGCAGGCAAAUGAAGAGGCCAAGAAGAAAGGUUACGACAUGCGUAACGAUGCCAUUUCCAUUCGCGCAGCCAAGGCAUCCAGGGACAUUGCCAGUGAUUACAAGUACAAGACUGGAUACCGCCAGCAGGUGGGCCACCAUAUCGGGGCCCUCAGCGUCCGAGACGACCCUCUCCUCAUGCUGGCGCUGAACUCUGCCAAGAUCGCCAGCGACUUCCUCUACAAAAAGGACUUCAACCAGUCGAAGACCAAGUUCAACCUGCCUGUGGACAUGCUGGCCUUCGAGCUGGCCAAGAAGAACCAGAUUCAGGUCAACCACGCCAACUAUAUCACCCGCCUACACCAGUGGACCUGCCUGCCCGACUCCAACGACGUUCGCCAAGCCAGGCACGCUUACGACCUGCAGAGUGAUAACGUCUACAAGGCCGAGUUGAAGUGCCUCCAGGGUCUCGGCUGGGCCCCCAUCGGCUCACUGGAGGUGGAGAAGGCCAAGAAGGCCGCUGAGAUCUUGAGCGAGAGAAAGUACCGCCAGCCUCCCAGCAAAGUUCCCUUCACCAGCCCCGUUAACGCAAUGAAUUUGGAACUGGCAAAGAAUAACGCUUUGACAAUGAACAAGCGUCUCUACAUCGACGCGUGGGAGAAUGAGAAAACCAAGGUGCACAUCAACCCUGAUACUCCCGAGAUCAUCCUCUCUCAGCAGAAUGCUAUCAACAUGAGCAGGAAACAUUACAGACAAGGUUAUGAGGCCACGAUCAAAAAGGGCUAUUUUCUGCCAGUAGAUGCCAUCGCUGUGAAGAGUGCCAAGGCCUCCCGGGAUAUUGUCAGUGAUUACAAGUACAAAACGGGUUACCGGCAACAAGUGGGCCAUCACAUUGGCGCUCGCAGCAUCAACGACGACCCCCUGAUCAUGCUGGCCCUGAACUCGGCCAAAAUCGCCAGUGACGCCCUCUACAAGAAGGACUUCAACAAAUCCAAGACCCGAUUCCACCUGCCUGUGGACAUGCUGAGCCUUGAGCUGGCCAAGAAGUGCCAGAUCCAGGUCAACCACGCCAACUACAUCACCCGCCUGCACCAGUGGACAUGCCUGCCCGACUCCAAUGACGUUCGGCAAGCCAGACACGCCUACAACCUGCAGAGUGAUGCUGUGUAUAAAGCUGACUUGGAAGAGAUUGUGGGCAUAGGAUGGGCCCCUGUUGGCUCACUGGACGUACUGAAAGCCAAGCACGCCGGCAAAAUUCUCAGUGACCGCCUGUACAGGCAUAAGCAAGACACUCUGAAGUACACGACAGACAUGACUGCCAUGCCCAUGGUCCUUGCCAAAGCAAACGCUGAGAUCAUGAACAAGCAAAAUUACAUCUCAGCUUGGGAGGCCGACAAGGUGAAGAACCACGUCGGUUCUGACCUGCCUGAGAUGCUGCUCUCCAGAGCAAAUGCUCACAACCUCAGCCAGAAAAUGUACAAGCAAGCCGUCGAAGACAUGUUCCGACAGGGCUACAUCAUGAAAUCAGACGCAGUUUCCGUCGUAGCCGCCAAACACGGAAGAGAGAUCAUCAGCGAUUACAAGUACAAGACCGGAUACCGCAAGCAGGUCGGCCACCAUAUUGGGGCGCUGAGCAUCUAUGACGAUCCUCUGAUCAUGCUAGCCCUGAACUCGGCGAAGAUCGCCAGCGAUAACCUGUACAAGAAGGACUUCAACAAAUCCAAGACCAGAUUCCACUUGCCCGUGGACAUGCUGAACUUGGAACUGGCUAAAAAAUGCCAGAUCCAGGUCAACGACUUCAACUACAGAACUCGCCUACACAACUGGACUUGUUUACCAGACUCAAAUGAUGUGGUCCAAGCCAGAAAGGUGUACAACCUUCAGAGCGACGCUGUGUACAAAGCAGACAUGGAAUGGAUCAAGGGAUCCGGGUGGGUCCCCAUUGGCUCACUGGACGUGGAGAAAGCAAAGAAAGCGUCAGAGAUCUUGAGCGAGAAGAGCUAUCGUCAGCAUCCCAGCAACUUCAAAUUCACCGCCAAGACCAGCGACAUGCCAUAUGCCCUGGCUCUGGCCAAUGCCCAAAUCAUGGACAAGAAAGCGUAUGUCUCUGCGUGGGAGAGCGACAAAAUUAAUCUCCACAUCACGCCUGACACACCUGAGAUCAUCCUGGCCAAGCAGAAUAAGCUCAACACCAGUCUGAGCCAUUAUCGUGAAGGCUACAUGGAAAACCUCAAAAAUGGCUACUUCCUCCCCAAAGAUGCCAUUUCGGUUUUAGCUGCCAAGGCCUCUCGCGACAUCAUCAGUGACUACAAGUACAAAACCGGCUUCCGCAAGCAGUGCGGCCACCACGUCGGGGCCCGGAGCGUCAACGACGACCCUCUGAUCAUGCUGGCCGCCCACGCCGCCAGGAUCUCCAGCGACAACAUCUACAAGAAAGACUUUGAAAAAACCAAGACCAAGUUCAACCUGCCCGUCGACAUGCUGACCAUCGAGCUGGCCAAGAAGUGCCAGCAGCAAGUCAACGACUUCAACUACCGCACUCACUUGCACCAGUGGACCUGCCUGCCUGACUCCAACGAUGUGGUCCAAGCCAGGAAGGUCUACGAUCUCCAGAGUAAUGCUGUGUACAAAGGCGACCUGGAGUGGCUGAGGGGAUGCGGCUGGUCGCCUCACGAAUCGGUGGACGUCAUCAAAGCUAGGAACGCACAGAAUAUCCUCAAUGAGAGACUUUACCGCCAGCCACCCAGCACGGUCAAGUUCACCAGUGUGGUGGACCUGCCCGCCAUCGUCCUCUCCAAGCAAAACUCAGACAACCUCAGUGACAGGAAAUACAAGGAACUUUGGGAGAAUGAAAAGACUUCCUUCAUGCUUCCGGCAGAUACUCCGGCCCUUGAGCUGUCCAAGGCAAAUGCUAUCAACAUCAGCAAUAACCUAUACACCAGGGCUUGGGAUGACCAGAAGGCCAAAGGCUACCAUAUCAAGGAGGAUGCCAUUGCCGUACUGAAGGCCAAAGCGUCCAGAGAUAUCAUUAGCGACUACAAGUACAAGGAAGGAUACCGCAAGCAGGUGGGCCACCACAUUGGGGCUCGCAGCGUGGAAGACGACCCACUGAUCAUGCUGGCCCUGAACUCGGCCAGGAUCGCCAGUGACGCCCUCUACAAGAAGGACUUCAACAAGUCCAAGACCAAGUUCAACCUGCCUGUGGACAUGCUGAACCUGGAACUGGCCAAAAAAUGCCAGAUUCAAGUCAAUGACUUCAACUACCGGACUCACCUUCACCAGUGGACCUGCCUGCCUGACUCCAACGAUGUGGUCCAAGCCAGGAAGGUCUACAAUCUCCAGAGUGAUGCUGUAUACAAAGCUGACUUGGAGUGGCUACGUGGAUGCGGUUGGAUCCCGCACGAGUCCGUGGAGGUCUUAAAGGUGAAGAACGCGCAGAAGAUCCUGGCUGAGCGAGGCUACCGGGUCAAGCUGGACGAGCAGAAAUUUGGAGUUCCAACCGAUCGAGUCGACUUGGCUUGCGCUAAGAAUGCCGCCGACAUCCUCAAUGAAACCAAAUACCGCGAGGCUUGGCAUCAGGAAAAGACCAAUUACACACUGGUGGACACUCCGAUCAUGGCCACAGCCAGAGAGGCAGCUAAGAACAUUCACCCGAAACUGUAUUCGAAAGAUUGGGACAAGAUCAAGGCCACUGGUUACUUCAUCCCUGAAGAUGCAGUGUCCAUAAAGCAGUGCAUCAAGAACGCUAAAGUCCAAAGCAAACAUAAGUACCUGGAGGGAUACCGCAAACAGGUGGGCCACCACAUUGGGGCCCUCAGCAUCCAAGACGACCCGCUCCUCAUGCUGGCCCUGAACUCGGCCAAGAUCGCCAGUGAUGCCCUCUAUAAGAAGGACUUUAACCAGUCCAAGACCAAGUUCAACCUGCCUGUGGACAUGCUGCAGUUCGAGCUGGCCAAGAAGUGCCAGAUGCAAGUCAAUGAUGACCUAUACAGGACCCGCCUGCAUCAGUGGACAUGUCUGCCCGACCAGAAUGACGUCAUCCAGGCCAGGAAGGUCUACGAUCUUCAAAGUAAUUUUGUGUACAAGGCGGAUAUGGAAUGGAUUCGAGGCUACGGGUGGGUUGCCAACGAAUCAGUGGACCACGUCAAAGCCAGGAAAGCGCAGGAAAUUCUCAAUGAUAGACUCUACAAGAAGAAUGCAAUCGACGGCUUCGGAAAAUUCACCCUGGUCGUGGACCGCCCAGAAAUUAUCUUGGCCAAAACAAAUGCUGACAACCUCAGCGACCUGAAAUACAAAGAGACCUUCAACUCAGAGAAGGGUCAGUACAUCGGUUCUGCUGACACUCCUCAACUGGCCCACAGCAGGGAGGUGUCCAAGAACAUCAGCGAGAAACUCUACAAACUGCAUUGGGACAAGUCCAAGGCUGCCAACUAUCAUCUGGACCACGAUUAUAUCCCACUUGUCAGCGGAAAGCGGAGUAGAGACAUCAGUAGUGAUGUCAAGUACCAUGACUGUCACGAGAAAGCCAAAGGACACUAUCUGGCCGGAACACUGGUGGACUUCCCUGAGGUGAUGCGAUGUGGUGAUCAGGAGAAGAACAAGGGACUGAGGCUUUACCAUCGGGACUACCACCAGACCAAGACCAAGACCCACAUCCCGUCUGACGUCAUCGCCAACAAGGUGGCCAAGCGUUGCCAGGACAUGCUGAGCGACAUCCUCUACCGCACCUACCUGCACCAGUGGACCUGCCACCCCGAUCAGGAGGACGCCAUCCGAGCCCGCAAGACCAAUGAGAUUCUCAGCGAUGUGUAUUACAAAGAUGACCUGACCUGGAUGAAGGGUAUCGGCUGCUAUGCAUGGGACACGCCAGAGAUCAUUCGCGCCAAGAAGGCCUAUGAGCUGCAGAGUGAACUGAAAUACAGAGACGAGGCCAAGAAGGAAUUCAACAAUUACUCCAUUGUGACUGACACACCCGCAUAUGUCACUGCUGUGCUGGGCCACACUUGGGCCAGCGAUCUGAACUACCGAGAGACUUACCAUAAGGAGAAGCACAUGUACACCACUGUUCUAGAUACCUACGACUACGCCAGAUGCCACAACUUCAAACACUUCUUCAGCAAUAAAAUCUACACCGACGCUUGGGAGAAGUUUAAGGCCAAGGGCUACCAGAUCCCCCACGACUCGCACGGCAUGCGACACGCCAAAAAUCAGAAGAACAUUGUCAGCGCCGUGAAAUACAAGGAGGACUAUGAAAAGUUCAAGUCACUCUACAGUCUGCCUAAGUCUGUUGAGGACGAUCCUGCCACCGCCCGCUGCCUCAAGGCCGGAAAACUGGUCCUGGACCGCCUAUACAGAGAGGACUACGAGAAAUCCAAGGCCAAGAAUCACAUCCCACCAGACAUGCUGGAGAUCCUGUCAGCCCGUAACACCCAGACCACCAUAAGCGGAAUCCACUACCGCAAUUAUCUGCACCAGUGGAUAUGCCUUCCCGAUAUGCAGAUGUACGUCCAAGCGCGCAAAGUCAACGAGCAGCUCAGUGAUAUCUUCUACAAGGACGAUCUGAACUGGUUGAAGGGCAUCGGCUGCUAUGCCUGGGACACCCCGGAAAUCCUGCGUGUCAAGAAUGCUGGUGACAUUCAGAGCGAGAACAAGUACCGAGCCAAAGGUUUAGAUGCGUUCAAAGACUACUCGGUGGUGAUGGACACUCCGGUUUACGAGACCGCCAAGCAGAAUGCCGUCAACCUGAGCGAUCUGCACUAUCGCUCCAACUAUCACAUCAGCAUCAAGGGAACCAGCACUGCUCCUGCCGUUACCGUGGAAGGGGAGAGGGCUCGCCUGGCCCACCACAUUCAGAGUGAUAACUGGUACAAGCAGGCCAACAAGAACUACAUGCCCACCGGAUACACUCUGCCCCACGACAUGCCUCUCAUCAAGCAGGCUAAGCGUAACACCUUUGUUAGUAGCAACGUGAAGUACAAGGAGGCCUAUGAGAUGAUGAAAGCCAAGGGCUACACCAUUCACCCACAGGGUGUCAACUUCGUCAACUAUAGGAAGGCCAACAAGAUCAGUAAUGAGCGCCUGUAUCGCGAGGACUACCACAAGCAAAAAGACAAGAUCCACACCACCUAUGACACCCCCGACAUCAGACAAGUCAAGAUGAACCAGGAGCAUCUCAGCGACUUGUGGUACAAAGAGAAGUACAACAACAGUAAAGGCCAGCUGAUCUCCAUGCCCAUGACACCAGAGCUGAUGCAUUGCUACCAUGUCAACGAUAUCACCAGCGAGCUGAAAUACAAAGAGGAUCUGACAUGGCUGAGGGGCAUUGGCUGUUUCUUGUACAACACCCCGGAGAUGAUCCGCAUCCGCCACCUCAAUAAGGACAGAAUUGACUACCCUGUGGAGGCCAAGAAAAACCUGCCCAACUUCUCAGUGGUCCUGGACACACCAGAGUACAAGCGAGUGACUGAGCUCAAGAGCCACUUGAGCAUGCUGAUCUACAAAGCUCAGAGCAAAGAGGAGAUGGCCAAGGUCUCCACCACUGCCGACGCCAUGGACAUGAAGAGAGCCAAAUGGGCCCAGCACCUGACCAAUCAAUACGUGUACACCAACCUCGCCGCCAAACACCGACCGCACUACACCCUGGAAGUUGAAACCCCGCACAUGGACCACACCAGGAAGAUGAAAGUGAUCUCCAGUGAUAACAAGUACAAAGAACAAUACGAGAAGAUGAAGCACAGGUACACCGCCAUCGCUGACACGCCCCUCCUGAUCCGCUCCAAGAAGGCCUACCUCCAGUCCAGCGACCUACGCUACAAAGAGACUUUCGAGCUUUCGAAAGGCCACUACCGCACCGUCAAGGACGCCCUGGACAUUGUCUACCACCGCAGAGUCACCGACGACAUCAGCAAUGUUAAGUACAGAGAGAAGUAUAUUAGCUCCCGGGGAACGUGGAAGUCCAUCCCAGACCGCCCCGAGUUUUUCUUCAGCAGGAUUGUCAGCGACAAUGUCAGCACGGUCAAGUACAAGGAGGACCUUGACUGGCUGAAGGGAAUCGGCUGCUUUGUGUGGGACACACCGGAGUUGCUGCGGGCUGAGAAGAACAAGGCGCUGUACAGUGAGAUACAAUACAAGAACUCCUUCACGAAGAACAGAGGAAACUUCAAAUACACUUGCGACUCGCCUUUCUUCCACACGGCCAAGCACGCCUCCAGCCUCAUUAAUGAAAAACGGUAUAAAUCCAAAGCAAAGGAUCUCCUCAAGAGCGGCUGCAAUGAGCUACACCGACCCGACAUCCUCACCGCUCUUGUCCAGACUUUUAUGGGCAGUAAGUGGAAUUACAGGGAACAAUAUGAGCGCGCCAAGGAUAAAUACACUUCCAUCCUGGACACUCCUGAGUACGAAACUACCCAACGCGGCAAGAAGAUUGGCGAUAUUGUUUACAAGAUGGAGUACAACAAGACCAAGGCAAAGGGAUACACCCUACCUUACGACACCCCGCACCAAAACCUCAUGAAAAAAGUCAAGGAGCUCACCAGCAAUCUGAAGUACAAAGAGGUCUACGAGAGGAGCAAGGCCCAGAUCAACAUCGAUCCCGAGGCUCACUCCAUCCGGGCUGCUAAGGAGGCCUACAGGAACAUCACCAAUCUCGAUUACAAGAAGAAAUAUGAAGCGACUAAGUUCAAGUGGAUGUGGACCACGGAGAGGCCGGACUUUCUCAAUGCCGCCAAGAACUCUGUGCAGCAGAGCGAUUAUGAAUACAAGUAUGACAAGGAGAUCUUGAAGGGCUGCGUCAUACCCGUGGUGGACGACAAGCUUACUCUACUGGCACAGAACAACACACAAAUCACCAGCGAGCUCAAGUACAAAAUGAAGUACGAGAAGGCAAGGGGCCACUACCUGCCCGUGGCGGACACCCCCCAGAUCCUCCACUCCAAGGCGGUGCGCACCCUGGCAUCCGAGAGCAAGUACAAGGCAGCCAGUAAGAGGCUAAUGCAGUCCGGCUCUUUCACCACCAUGCCACAGACCCGGGACACGGUCCACAGCAAGGAGAUCAACAAACUCGUCAGCAAGAACGUGUACAAAGCCAAGUUCGAAAAGGAGAAAGGCAAGUCGAUAUACAACAACAUGAGCGUGCCGCCCGACGUCCAACACGCUAUGGAUGUCGCCAAGAAACAGAGCAAUCUGGACUACAAGAAGAACGCCAAAGCCAACCUUCACUACACGACUGCUGUGGUGGAUCGGCCCGACAUCAAGAAGGCCACGCAGACUGCCAAACUCGUCAGCGAUAUUGGCUACCGCAACAAGGCCCGUGAGGAGGCCAGCCGCGGAGGUUCGCUGGUCCAUCGGCCGGACAUCAGGCUGGCCACGGAAGUCUGCAAGCUCAAUAGCCAGCUGAAGUACAAGGAGAAGUUUGACAAGGAAAUGAAGGGAAAGAGGCCGCAGUAUGACCUAAAGGAGAGUAAGGUUUACAAGACGUACAAGGAUGCCCACACGCUGGCUAGCGAGGUCAAGUACAAAAGUGACCUGAAGAAGCUCCACAAGCCCGUGACCGACAUGGCCGAGUCUUUGUCCAUGCAGCAUGGCCUGAGCACCAGCAAGCUGUCCAGUGACUACUGCUACAAGAGGAAGUUUGAGGAGAGUAGGGGUCACUACCACGUGAUUCCCGACACACCCGAGCAGCUCCAUCACAAGGAGGCUUCGGAACUGCAGAGCAUAGUGAAGUACAAGGAGAAGUACGAGAAGGAGAGGGGCAGGGCCAUGCUGGACUUUGAGACGCCGACAUACGUGACGGCGAAGGAGGCGCAACACAUGCAGAGCCAGAAAGACUAUAAGAAGGAUUUUGAGGAGACCAUGAGGGGCAAGAACCUCUCGGGCUUGGAAGUCACGCCCGCCAUGAUACAUGUCAGGCAUGCCACCAAAAUAGCCAGUGAGAAAGAGUACAGGAGGGAUCUAGAAGAGGGCGUGAAGGGUAAAGGGCUAACUGUGCUGGAGGAAACUCCCGAGCUUUUGAGAGCAAGGAAUGCCACUCAAAUCCUGUGCGAGAGAGAGUACAAGAAGUCGCUGGAGCAGGAGAUCAAAGGCAAAGGAUUGCUAGCGUUGGCCACCGACACCCCGGACUUCAUGCGGGCGAGGAACGCCACCGACAUCCUCAGUCAGACCAAGUACAAGCACACGGCUGAGAUGGACCGAGCCAGCUACACCACCGUCAUCGAUACUCCAGACAUCAUCCACGCUCAGCAGAUGAAGAACAUCAUCAGCCAGAAAAAGUACAAGGAAGAGGCAGAGAAGACCAUGUCUCAAUAUGUCCCCGUUCUGGACACCCCCGAGAUGCAGAGAGUCCGUGAGAACCAGAAGAACUUCAGCACUCUUCAGUACCAGACUGACCUAAAACACAUCAUAAAGGGCAAAGGGUCUGCUGUAAUCACCCCUGAAAUUCUUCGCGUUAAAGAAAAUACAAAGAAUUUCAGCUUGAUUCAAUAUAAAGAAGAUUUGGGAGGAGGGACGGCUUUGCCCGAAACCCCCGAGAUGGAGAGAGUUAAACGAAACCAGAGGAACGUUAGCACGAUACAGUACAAGGAUUCUCUGAGUCAAGGCACGGCCAUACCAGAUCUUCCCGAGGUGAAGCGGGCCCGAGAAACCCAGAAGAAUAUCAGCUCGAUACAGUACAAGGAUUCUCUGACUCAAGCUACGGCCAUACCAGAUCUCCCCGAGGUGACGCGGGUCCGAGAAACCCAGAAGAAUAUUAGCUCGCUGCAAUACAAGGAAGAUGUGGGACGAGGCACGUCGGUGUCGGAGACGCCAGAGAUGGAACGCGUUAGACGCAAUCAGCAAAAUAUUAGCACGGUAAAAUACAGGGACUCCCUGGAUCGCGGCACGGCCAUUCCGGACCUGCCGGAAGUGAAGCGGGUCAAACAGACCCAGAGGCACAUCAGCUCGGUGUUUUAUAAGGACAGCUCGGCCAAGGGAACCCCUGUGGUGUUCACUCCAGAGAUGGAGCGAGUCAAACGGAACCAAGAGAACAUUAGCUCGGUGCUGUAUUCCGACAGCUUCCGCAAGCAGGUCCAGGGCAAGGCCGCCUUCGUUCUGGACACCCCGGAGAUGAGGCGUGUCAGAGAAACCCAGCGCAUCAUAUCUGGAGUGCGAUACCACGAGGACUUCGAGAAGACCAAGGGCAGCUUUACGCCCACCACCACUGACCUGAUAACAGAGCGUGUGAAAAAGAACACGCAGGACUUUAGCGAUAUCAACUACCGCGGCAUCCAGAGGCGCGUAGUAGAGAUGGAAAGGAGGCGCGCCGUUGAGCAUGACCAGGAGACCAUCACUGAUCUGCGAGUGUGGCGUACCAACCCCGGUUCAGUGUUUGACUACGACCCAGCCGAGGACAACAUCCAGUCCAGGAGUCUGCACCUGAUGUCAGUCCAAGCCCAGCGUCGCAGCAAGGAGCACUCCCGCUCCACCAGUGCCCUCAGCGGCCUGGCAGAUGAGAAAUCUGAGAUUUCCCAGGACCCCGACCACCAUAUGUCCCUCUACAGCAACGGAUUCGUCACCUCCUCCGGAUUCGUCACCUCAUCUAUGGCGGGUUACCAGCACGCUAAGACCGUGGAGCUGCAGCAGAGGUCCUCGUCCGUGGCCACCCAGCAGACUACCGUCUCCUCAAUCCCCUCGCAUCCCUCUACCACUGGGAAAACGGUGCGCGCCAUGUACGACUACCUGGCGGCCGACAGCGACGAGGUUUCCUUCAAGGACAGCGACGUCAUCGUCAACGUGCAGUCCAUUGACGAGGGCUGGAUGUACGGAACCGUGCAGCGCACCGGCAAGACCGGCAUGCUGCCCGCCAACUACGUGGAGGCCGUCUAAACGGGAAAAAAAAUUGUGUGUGCAACGUGUGUGCUAAUUGUUUGUGGAGUUUGUCACUUUGUGUCGCCUGUGAAGCCCAAAAUCAGAUGAGACUCUUUUCGAAAUGACCUCGCUUCUUUCCCCCGUGCAUCCUGACCCAUUACUGUGUAUAAAUCAUAAACCCCAAAAAUAAUAUAUAUCGUCAGUGUUGUAUGGAGUGGUGAAACAAUCGGCUACGACUCCUCUACGUUUAAUAAUCUCACAUAUCAAAUGAUGUCCCUCCACCAUCAAAGCUCUCUUGAGUUGGAACAGAAAAAUAUCCAGUUUCCCUCCUUUAACUGAACCCUGACCACUAACUAGCCCACUAACUAGUACAUUAGUAGUACUAGUAGUACACUACAAGUACAAGUACUAGUCCAGUGUGUGUUUUGGUUUUCGAUGGCAAAGUGUAAAUCUUCGCCAGUAGCUAAUAAAGCCAACUUCCUGCAGUACUCUGCCUGUUGUCUUGUUUCUUCUUGAUAAAAAGCUGUAUUAUGAAAAUAGUCAUAUUUUUCCCAAAAAUAACUUUUUUUUUCUAGACAAAAAGUCAUAAUAUUCCAAGAAUAGUAUUAUUUUGUUUAGAUAAAAAGCAGUACUGUCGGACUAUAAAACGCGCCGGAUCAUAAAAUGCACUAUCAAUGAAUGGGUCUAUUUUCAUAAAUAAGGGGCACUGGAUUAUAAGGCGCAUUAAGAAAAACAAAACAGAUAAGUCACUUAUACACACACCAUAAUAUUAUCUUGAAGCACAGUAUUACUCCGUGAGCCUGCUGACUACGGUAACCGUAAUGCUCCGACAAUCAAUCAAGCGGUGCGGCUUGAUAUAUAUAUAUAUAUAUAUGUCAAAAUACUAAAAUAUUUUGACCGAUUUUUGAGCGCCGUGUACCACAUAAAAU